GCAGCGCCUGACUGGAGGGCGGCGACACCGGAUGCUGGAGAGCUCUUCAGUCCAUUUGUUCAUUGUCUUCCUCCUGCUUUUCGUUUUGCUGCUUUUUGUGGUGCUCAUCAGGAAAAAUGUAGCUGCUGCCCUUAUCUGGAGUGAAGUAAUCCGGGAGAAAAUAACCAAUUUCAUCAUGAAUCAGAGCAAAGAACAGAGGAUUUUAGAUUUUGUGCUGCAGAAUGCAGUCCGAGGAGACCCCUGUAGUGUGAUAGACACUAUAGAUAAGUACUGCUCCCAGAAAGAGUGGGCCAUGAAUGUCGGCAAUGAGAAAGGCUUAAUUCUGGACAAGACAGUGGAAGAGGUCAAUCCAUCAGUUGUACUGGAGCUGGGAACCUACUGUGGCUACUCAGCAGUUAGGAUUGCUCGGCUACUGAAGGAAGGAGCUCGUCUUCUCACUGUGGAGUUCAACCCAGAAUUUGCUGCAAUAGCUAAACAGAUGAUUGAGUUUGCUGGAGUACAAGAUAAGGUAAAAAUCCUGGAAGGCCCUUCAGACAAAAUUAUCCCCCAGCUGAAGAAAAAAUAUGAAGUGGAUACUCUGGAUUUUGUCUUCCUGGACCACUGGAAAGAUAAAUACACAUCAGACACCAUCCAGAUUCAGGAAUGCAACUUGCUGAGGAAGGGCUCUGUUCUUCUGGCUGACAAUGUCAUCGUCCCAGGAGCUCCAGAAUUCCUUAAAUAUAUCCGCAACAAUCCCCGUUUCCAAUGCACUAACUACCCAUCUCAUCUGGAGUAUAAGAAAGUGGAGGAUGCUAUGGAAAAGGCUGUGUUCUUGGGAUAAAGGGAAUCAUUAACACUCAGUCUUUGUUUUAAAUGCAACUGCACAGGUUAAUUUGUCCAUGCUUUACAUUUGGGGGGUGGGGGUGUUGUAUUUUGGAGCCUGUAGUUAAAGCAAGUGCUAGUGGGGAUCAUUUUAGACCAGGUGAAAACCAAGGUCAGGUGUAAGUAGGGUAACUGCUCCAAGGGCUCUGCUAUUGUUUCACGUAAUUCAGCAAGUCCAAGGUGAUGCACAUUGCCUUGCCUUAACCAGCACAUCAAACACCACAGUUUGGGCUUAGUGUGGGGUGCAGAAAGUUGCUGCAACUUCUAAAGAUGUGAGUCCCCAAGCUAAACUGUUACCAAGGAAAGACUAUUUCAGGAGCCUUGAUUUGCUACGUUACUAGCAUGACUCUCAAUACAGUGAAGGCUUAUAGCAUGGAAUCAGACACAUUUUUGCACAGUGAUUGCAAAGUUAAUUAUCUCAAGCUAAACUAAAGGGCAUGUACUGAAAAGAGGCUGAUGAAGUGAUAAGAAAAUAAAUCAGAAUUUUGCAAAAGACAAACAUGUAAAAUUAUGCCGAUGCAGAGGGAAGGAAAACUGAAGUAGUAAAUAGGUUAAAAUAAACAUAGUAACAGACAGAAAACAGGAGCAGGCUCUUUACAAAGGAAUAUCAAAACUAUCCAGUAUCAGAGACCUUGGGGAAGAUGCUCUUUAUCCCCUCACAUUUACUUAUCCUUCAUAGUACACAUACAUAACUUAUGCUUUUAGGGGCAGGGCAGUUGCUUACUCUGAAGUGCUGUGUAUGAUUAAGAUGCUGUAUAACAAUAAAGACCAGAGAGAAUGGGUCUGACCAGGUGGGUCCUGCACAUCCCAGUUAACCUCAGUGUUCUAAACACUGUAUGAAUAAUAGUGAGGCUUAUCACUGAGAAGACACCAAGUCAAAUCUAAAGUCUCUAACUUAUCUGAACAUUUCAACAAUCCACUGGCACUUCCUGGCAUGUCCUGCUGUGAUUAUAUGAAUCAAUGGUGGCAUUUAUAAAUAAA